CAGGUCUGUAGGUUUAGGGCGGCAGCGGGCUGGGGAAGGCACGGAGAGUACGGGAGGAGCUGGGCUCUAGCCACACGGAACUUACUGUACAUCCUCUCGUCCCUCUGCACCGCUCUGCCCCGGGGUUUCUUGUCUGAUUGAGCCAAGCGGGACAUGGGGAGAGAGUCGGGACACCCAGCCUAAGCCAAUACCUGCACUAACAGCGCCUGUUCCGGGUCCCGUUGUCCGGAGCCGAAGGAAGGAGUCGCACGUCCCAGGCGCAAGUCUGACGAGUUCCAGAGCGCAAACUCCCUGCCCGCUCCCCCGGUACCUGAGUGCCCUGCUGCCCGCACCAUGCACAUAGUGCUGGAAUUCUUCCUGGUCACUUUCAAGGUCCUGUGGGCCUUCGUAUUGGCCGCGGCCAAAUGGCUAGUGCGCCCCAAGGACAAGAGUGUAGCCGGCCAGGUGUGCCUGAUCACCGGGGCUGGCAGCGGGCUGGGCCGGCUCUUUGCGCUGGAGUUUGCCCGGCGCCGUGCCCAGCUGGUGCUGUGGGACAUCAACUCCCAGAGUAACGAGGAGACGGCGGAGAUGGUGCGGAGCAUCUACCGGGAGCUGGAGGCGGAGGACUCGGCACGGAGGGCUGGCAAUGCCACAGAGGAAGAAGUUCAGCCAUGCUGCAAUUUUCAAGUGUAUACAUACACUUGUGAUGUAGGCAAGCGGGAGAGUGUUUAUUCAACUGCUGAGCGAGUCCGCAGGGAAGUUGGAGACGUGUAUCUGCUGCUCAAUAAUGCCGGGGUGGUCUCUGGGCACCACCUCCUCGAGUGUCCUGACGAGCUUAUUGAGAGGACUAUGAUGGUGAACUGCCAUGCGCACUUCUGGACCACGAAAGCAUUCCUUCCCAAAAUGAUGGAGAUGAAUCAUGGACACAUUGUCUCUGUUGCCAGUUCGUUGGGUUUAUUCAGCACUGCAGGAGUCGAGGAUUAUUGUGCCAGCAAGUUUGGUGUCGUUGGUUUUCAUGAGUCUCUUAGCCACGAACUAAAAGCUGCAGAUAAAGAUGGCAUUAAAACGACAUUGGUUUGUCCCUACCUGGUGGAUACUGGCAUGUUCCGCGGGUGCAGGAUAAGGAAAGAAAUUGAGCCAUUCCUACCACCCCUGAAACCAGAUUACUGUGUGAAGCAGGCCAUGAGAGCAAUCCUUACAGACCAGCCUAUGAUCUGUACACCCCGCCUCAUGUACAUAGUUACAUGCAUGAAAAGCAUCCUGCCAUUCGAAGCUGUGGUCUGCAUGUACCGGUUCCUGGGAGCAGACAAGUGCAUGUACCCUUUUAUUGCUCAAAGGAAACAGGCCACAAACAACAAUGAAGCAAAAAAUGGAAUUUAACAUUUGAUUGUAUUUAGUAUUGAUUUCCCCACCACCACCACCA